AUCAGCGCCAUAAUUAAACGACGCCUAACUUUGGUCGAUUGUUUUGUCUUUUGGAAUACGUUCCACUAAACAGGGAUGAGUUCGGCUUCCGGAGAAAUUGACUUACACGUCCAGUAAUAAUUAAACAGAGAGGAGCUUCGACCGGAUAGUGGAGCUAAAACGAAGCCGAUGUUUUUGGAGCAGAAGGUUAGCAGCCCGUGUUAGCUGCGGGGACUUCGGUGUCAGUCUCUCAUCUGGGGCUCAUAGCUUCACUUUUCUGGGGCCCAGCGAGUAUGAGCUACCCGGUGAACCUCCAGGCCCUGCCCGGGGAAGUCAUACAGGAGGUUUUUACUCCAGAAAACAUGAGAGGAAGAAGGUUCGUAAGCUCCCUAAAUCAGCUGACUUUCCCUAAAUCCCGCUUAGCUCUGUGGGAUGGCAGCCCUGUUGGAGAGAUGCUCCGCCUCCAGCUCUAUUCCCACAGGAAACCUCAAAUAGUUCUCCUGGAGAAAGCUCUUCGGCUAGCGCAGCGCCACGCCCGUCGCAGUCACAAGCUCGGCCUUCAGUGUUUCUUCCUGGGAUCCGUCGCUGUGAAUGAAGAUGAGGAAGGGGUCACUGUGACCUUGGACCGCUUCGAUCCAGGUCGGGAUCAAGCAGGAGCCACAGACCGGGUGCCGUCCGCUCUUCUUCCCGGAGAUGUCCUGGUUCCCUGCCUGUUCUCUGCUCAGUCUGAGACUUCGCCUGAUGCUGUCGUCCUGUCAGAGGCUGAGCUCCAUCACUGCUUUAAGGCACUGCAGCAGGCGGUCAGCAGCAGACAGACUCUGGAUCUGUCUCAGCUGUUGAAGAUCAGAGCUCAUGUGAUUUACUCCCAGACGUCUGAUGCUGCAACAUUUAACCUCAGCUGGUCGUCCGUCUGUCCCGCCGUUGGGUUAGACGUUCAGCCAGUCCGAGCCGUCCCCAUCAUCCCUACCGCCCUGCUAAGGUCGCUGACAAGCAUCGGCCGCCCGGCGCAGCCUGCUGGCCGACAGAGGGGGUUUCUGACUAUGGAUCAGACCAGGAAACUGGUUCUCCUGCUGGAGUCGGACCCUAAAGCCUCCAGCUUGCCACUUGUUGGCCUUUGGCUCAGUGGAGUCACACACGUCUACAGCCCUCAGGUGUGGGCCUGGAGUCUGAGGUUCAUGUUUGGCUCCGCCCUGCAGGACAGGGUUCUGUCUGAGAUGGGCUCAUUCCUCCUCGUCGUGUUUGGCUCCACCCACAGAGCUCCUCAGUUCUUCCAGUGUCGAGUGUCUCAGCGUGGAUCAGGGCCCCAGCUGGACUUCCAGCUGCUGACUUCUUCCCAGUCUGUCACUCUUUACCAGCAGGUGGCGCCGGUGGAUGGUAGAGCUCUGCGGUGCGAGUUGGAUUCAGAAGACCACAGCAGACAGGCGGAAAUCUUCAGAGCAGCUCAGAGCUCAUUCAACAGAACGCCGCCUCCAGCUGCAGGUCUGUCUGUUAGCGAUCAGGACUCUGGAGUCGAGGAUGAAGACUUUUCUCCCAGACCGUCUCCAAGUCCUCAUCCUCCAGCUCCACAGGUUCGCAGAGUUCAGCCGUCUGUUCCUGAACUCUCCCUGCUGAUUGAAAGCAGCUUCUCCUCCAAUCAUAACGUUGGGACAGAUUCUGGCUCCGCCCACAGGCCUCCUCCAGCCAACUGGAAGUCAGCUUCACCCCCCAGCUCCAGUUCCACCACUUCCUCUGCCCCCAAACCUGCUCCUGUUCCCCCUCCUCCUAAUCUCCACAGCACCCCGAAUUCCAACCUGCAGCAGCCCUGCUCCUGCUGCUCCACCAACAACUGCACCUCCAUUUUCCCCUCCCCAGCGCUCCCCACCGCUGCUGCUCCCCACUUCCAUCAGCAAACCCACUUCAGCCCCCAAUCUGCACCUCCUCCUUCGCAUUCCCUUCAGAAAUCAGUGCCUCUUUCCUCACAGAACUAUGCAACACAACCAUCAACACUUCCUGUCUCCUCUUAUCAGCAAACCCCUCCUCCUUUUAGCCGUCACUCUGCUCCUACUCAUCCUUCCACCAAGCUGCCGUCCACUCCUAUACCCUCCGUCUCCCGUCAUCAGCAAACUCCUCUUUCUAACCAUAAAGCUGCUCCUCCUCCUCAUUCCUCUCAUAAACGGACUCCUCCUCUCUCCAGCCGUCACACCGCUGCUCCUCCUCAUUGCACCUUUAAAAAGAGUCCUCCUCCUUCAGGUCUUCACUCCAUUUCUUCCUCUUCCCACCACCAAACUCCAGCUUCUUCCAGCCCCCAUGAGGCUCCUGUUCCUCCCUAUAGCCCUCAGGCUUCUCCUGCUCUCCCACAAUUUCAUCAGUGUGUGUUUCCUCCUUCUACUCCUUCUCUUCCUUCUUGUUCUUCUCCUCAAACUGUUCUUCAGCCGCCCCCAUCUGAUCCCCAUAACUACCCUCCUCUUGUCUCUAAACGUCACAGCCCUCCUCCUCCCGUCUACCAGCCCACUUAUUCCUGCAGCCACACUCCUCCUGCUCCUCCGUGCCAUGGAGACUCCUCGUCCCCUCACCCCUCCUCUCCAGCAACAGACCUUGUCUCUCCCUGGCCCAUGCGUCCUCAAUGUGGGAAUCCCUGCUGUGAGAAAAUGGGUGGACUCUUAACCACCGACCCCUACCAGCUCCUACUGCAUCAGGACCAGCAGCUGCGCCUCCUGCAGGCUCAGGUCCAGAUGCUGCUGGAGGCUCAAGGAAGGCUCCAGCCUUCUGCCCGGCAGGUUGAGACUCAGACGUCAAAGAGCACCGCUAGCGUCGCUGUGGAAACAGGUGCCAGUCUGUUCUGGGGACAAGCUCCUGAUCAGCCGCUUCUUCAGGAAGAACCGGAACCUCAGCCACCCUUCCUGAAGCCCAAACCCUCCUCCAGAUCUCCCCCUUCAUCCUCCUGCAGCACCUCCACCUCCUCACAUGACCCGUCUAUGAACAAACCUGAGGAAGGAGAACACAUCCAGCGGCGAACGUCCUGCUCCUCAUCUGAUCCUCACAGUGUCAGCGGUCUGCAGAGCCCGGUUCUGGGAGAAAGUGUCAGCAUGUACAGACCUCCAGAAGAGCAGCAGAGCUUCUACAAGAACCUGAUGACUCAACUCAGCAGCCGUCUUCAGGAUGCAGAUGGCCAACAGGAAGCCAAGGAAGACAGAAGAUGGAGUUUAUCUGUGUCGGAGCUCUCGCAGUCUUCCCAGCGGUCCUCAUCCCAGAGGAGGCAGGAUCAGAAGAAGGAGCAAAGGAAGAGUCCUGAAGGAGAUGAUGUGAUCCGGGCCACCCUGCGGCGGCUGCAGCAGCUCGGAGUGGAGGCGGAGGAUCUGAAGGAGUCAGAUGAAAAUGAAAUCAAAGCUGUGGAGAUGGCCAGCACCUUGGCCACUAUCAACCCAGCAGCGGUCGUCUCCAGGCUGAGUGUUUCUGAGCCGACCGUCAGCGCUCUGUUCCCCGGAGGGAGCGUGGAUCUGAGUCUGGAGGCCAACGCCAUCGCACUUCGUUACCUCAGCCAAUCACAGCUCAGCCGGCUGUCUCUGGGAGGCCACGCCCCACAAACCAUCCCUGUCCCUUCCUCCUCCAGUGAAUCACUUCUGUCGCCAAGUAACAUGUCUUUAGCCACCAGGAGGUACAUGAGGAGGUAUGGCCUGAUCGAGGAGGAUGGUGAGGAGGAGGAGGAAGAGAAGGAGAAGGCCAUAAUUUCAGAAGUCCGUCAGCCGCUGACCGAAGCUCUGAACGUGAAGCUCCUCCCACAGAGUCAGCUGAUCCGGGACCUGCGGCCAAAAAUGCAGCUUUUAGCUGGAACCACCAAACCGGACUCAGAGGACAAGGAGAACUGUUCUGGCAGGAGGGCUCCGAUAGACCGAAUGAGAAGCCAACAGCCAGAAGGAUCAGUGGGGAAUAUCCUGGACCUGAGCCGCCUGAGGGAGCUGCCCAAACUGUUCUAAACCUCUGCUGAGUCGAAGGACCAGAAAUAAAUCUAAGCACCAGCAAGGAACCUGGACAACCCCUUACCACACAUGAACUUCAAUAGUGGGUUGGGAUGAUGUUGAAUUUAUUCUGCUCUUUCUGGUGAUCUUCGUGUUUUUAUUUUAUGUGUCAUCCCCUGGUUUUUAUGUGAAACCUCUUUUGCACUUUUUAAUAUUUAUGAUUUUCACUAAUAAA